AUGAAAAAGAGCACAGCCUUCUUUGGCAUAGCUAUUCUUCUUAUUUCAUCUGUGACUGCAUCAGCAGUUGGUUUCAAGGAGAAUUUUGAAAUGAAAGGAGAUGGAUUCAUUCAGUCUGAAUUUGAAAAUCUCAUAGACCACUUCGAUCCAACUGACGAAAGAACUUACUCACAAAGAUUCUGGUACAAUGCCGAUGGAUUUGAUUACGAAAAAGGCCCAAUCUUCUUAUAUAUUUGUGGAGAGUAUGUCUGUGGAGUUAAUGAAGAGAGGCAAUUCCCAGUAAAAGUUGCUCAAGAAUUUAAUGGAUUGUUUGUAUACUUAGAGCAUAGGUAUUAUGGAGAAUCUCAACCAUUCCCUGAUUCUAAUGAUGUUGCUGACCUUGGAUACUUGACUGCUAAACAUGCUCUUGCUGAUUUAGCUGUGUUCCUUUCUACUUUGAACAAUGAACUUAUUAAAACUCAUGGAGGAGAGAAAAGAAAGAUCGUUGUAGUUGGCGGAUCCUAUCCAGGAGCAUUAUCAGCAUGGUUCAGAGCAAAAUAUCCUCAUAUUGCUGAAGCUUCAUGGGCAUCAUCAGCAGUUGUUCAAGCUGUUGAAGACAUGACAAUGUUUGACUACCAAAUCUAUAACUCAACAAUGAGGAGCUCAGAAACAUGUACAAAAGUGAUCCAAGAUUUCACAGAAUACUAUGAUAGCCUUGUUGAAAGUGGUGACGAAUCGACUCUAAACGAUAUCAAAAGUUAUUUUGACGCUACAGAUCUUGACAAUGCCUUAUUUGCCAGAACUCUUGUUCAUUUCUAUGUUGGAAAGGUACAAUAUGGUAAAAGAACCCAACUUUGUGAGUUCUUAGAAAAUAUUGCUGAUCUUCCAAUCCUCGAGAGAUUUAAGAAGGUGGCUGACAACUAUGAUGAGAAUGACUAUAAAUAUCUUGAUGAAGUUCUGAGAACUGAAAAUAAUGGUCAUAUUUCAACAGGUGAUGCAUGGCAUUAUCAAUAUUGUACUGAAUAUGGGUACUUCCAAACUCCUUAUGAUGGUGUAUCAAUGAGAUCUAAAUUAUUGAAGCUUCCUUACUGGCAGCAAGGAUGCAGAGAAUCAUUUGGUGACCAAAUAAUCACUGAAGCAAGAGAAACCAAUGUAUUCUUUGGAAGCGACAUGAUCAGAGGAUCGAAUACAUUCUACACUAAUGGCGGAGAAGAUCCAUGGCAAUGGGUCGGAGUUACUCAUGUCUAUGAUGAGCUCAACCAAGUAUCGAGACUCUUGCAGUGUGAAAAUUGUGCUCACUGCGUUGAACUAUAUAAUGAAAGAGAGGAUGACUCUGAUGAGCUCAAGCAGGUUAGAUUAGAAAUCAAGGAAUGGCUCAAAAAAAUUAUCUAUUCAUAA